AAAGCGAGUGAAAACGCCGUGGCGGUGACACCCUAGCAAUCAGCCGAAAGAUUCUUUAUACAAUUGCAUAUGUACCAGUGGAUGAACAUACCAUGGUGAUACAGAGGAUUUUUGUCAAGACUGGAUAAACCAUGUAUCACAUUGACUGUAGAGAUCAGCUUGAACGGGUCUUUUUACGACUUGGCCAUGCUGAAACAGAUGAACAGUUACAGAAUAUUAUAUCUAAAUUCCUUCCUCCUGUUUUGCUCAAAUUGUCUAGCACCCAGGAAGGAGUACGGAAAAAGGUAAUGGAACUGUUGGUUCAUCUGAAUAAGCGUAUAAAAAGCCGCCCCAAAAUACAGCUCCCAGUGGAGACACUGUUGGUUCAGUAUCAGGACCCAGCUGCAGUUUCCUUUGUCACAAAUUUUACUAUAAUUUAUGUUAAGAUGGGCUACCCUCGCUUGCCAGUGGAAAAGCAGUGUGAACUCGCCCCUACGCUUCUUACUGCCAUGGAAGGGAAGCCUCAGCCGCAGCAAGAUAGCUUAAUGCAUCUUUUAAUACCAACCCUUUUUCACAUGAAAUACCCUGUUGAAUCAUCAAAAUCAGCUUCUCCCUUUAAUCUUGCUGAGAAACCAAAGACUGUGCAGCUGCUUUUGGACUUCAUGCUAGAUGUCCUUCUGAUGCCUUAUGGAUAUGUGUUAAAUGAAUCUCAGAGUCGCCAGAACUCAUCUUCAGCACAGGGUUCUUCUUCAAAUAGUGGAGGAGGUUCUGGAAUCCCACAGCCUCCUCCAGGAAUGAGCUUUUAUGCAGCAAAGCGAGUUAUUGGCGAUAACCCUUGGACACCUGAACAGUUGGAACAGUGCAAAUUAGGUAUAGUGAAAUUCAUAGAAGCUGAACAGGUGCCUGAACUCGAAGCUGUUCUCCACCUAGUGAUUGCUUCUAGUGACACCCGCCACAGUGUAGCAACAGCAGCUGACCUGGAAUUGAAAAGCAAGCAAAGCUUGAUUGACUGGAAUAACCCUGCCAUUAUUAACAAGAUGUACAAGGUAUACCUUGGAGAUAUACCAUUGAAGACAAAAGAGGGAGCAGUUCUGAAGCCAGAGUUGAAAAGGGACCCAGUGAGCACGAGGGUCAAGUUAAAGAUUGUCCCCCAUCUCCUACGUUCUAGACAAGCUGCUGAAACGUUCCCAGCUAAUAUCCAGGUGGUGUAUGAUGGACUUUUUGGUGCAAAUACAAACUCAAAAUUAAGAACAUUAUCUCUGCAGUUUGUGCAUCACAUUUGUAUAAUUUGUCCAGAAAUCAAGAUUAAACCGUUAGGUCCAAUGCUUUUGAACGGCCUCACCAAACUAAUCAAUGAGCAUAAAGAAGACCCUAAACUGUUGUCCAUGGCAUAUUCAGCUGUUGGAAAACUCUCCAGUCGAAUGCCUCAUUUAUUCACUAAGGACAUAGCUCUUGUGCAGCAGCUUUUUGAAGCCCUGUGUAAGGAAGAACCUGAGACUCGACUCGCUAUUCAAGAAGCGUUAUCUCUGAUGGUUGGAGCGUACAGUACUUUAGAAGGAGCACAGCGGACCCUCAUGGAGGCACUUGUGGCUUCCUACUUAAUAAAGCCUGAAGUUCAAGUUCGACAGGUGGCUGUGAAGUUUGCAAGCACAGUUUUUCCCUCAGAUCAUAUACCUUCCAGAUAUUUACUCUUGUUAGCUGCAGGAGAUCCGCGUGAAGAAGUUCACGGAGAAGCACAACGAGUCCUAAGGUGCCUUCCUGGUCGGAACAAAAAAGAAAGUGCUUCUAAGCAGAUGCCUUCUUUCCCAGAAAUGGUGUAUUAUAUCCAAGAAAAGGCUUCUCAUCGAAUGAAAACUCCAGCCAAGUACAUGAGUGGGACCACUGUCCUUCCAUUUAACCCAGCAGCCUUUGGAGAGAUAGUCCUGUACCUGCGCAUGUGCCUGGCUCACAGUGCGGGAGUGGUGCCCACCUCUCAAAGUUUGGCUGAUAUGCAGGAUCACGCCCCAGCCAUUGGGCGCUAUAUACGGACUUUAAUGUCGGGGAGCCAGGGAACAUCCUCGUCGUUGUCCUCCAAGAGUGGGGAGACCAACCCUGUCCAGAUCUACAUAGGCCUACUUCAGCAGCUGUUAGCUGGUGUUGGAGGUUUGCCUGUCAUGUACUGUCUAUUGGAAGCUGUUUCAGUGAACCCAGAAAAGCUGGCGACCAAAUUUGUAGACAAGACAGAAUGGAUAAAGAGUCUGAUGAACAGCAGUAAAGAAGAGAUGCGUGAACUGGCAGCACUGUUUUAUUCAGUGGUGGUAUCUACAGUGUCUGGGAAUGAGUUAAAGUCCAUGUUAGAGCAGCUUAUAAAGACUACAAAAGAUAAUCACAGCCCAGAGAUACAGCAUGGAUCCUUGCUUGCCCUGGGGUUCACAGUGGGAAGAUAUUUGGCUAGAAAGAAACUGAGUAUGGCUGAGCAAGCAGACCUGGAUGCCAGUGCUGGUUUUCUGCCUGAACAGGAGGAGCUCAUUCGGAGUGCCACAGAAACAAUAGGCUCGUUCUUAGACAGUACAUCACCCAUCCUGGCAAUUGCUGCCUGCACAGCCCUGGGUGAAAUUGGCAGAAAUGGUCCGCUCCCAAUCCCCAGUGAGGGAACUGGCUUUACCAAAUUGCAUCUUGUUGAAAGCUUACUAAAUAGAAUACCGUCCAGCAAAGAAACAAACAAGAUGAAGGAGCGAGCAAUCCAAACUCUGGGCUAUUUUCCAGUUGGGGAUGGAGAGUUUCCUCAUCAGAAACUCCUCUUGCAAGGCCUGAUGGAUUCUGUGGAGGCCAAGCAGAUAGAACUUCAGUUCACGAUCGGGGAAGCCAUCACCGGUGCGGCGAUAGGAACUAGUUCUGUGGCUGCUCGCGACGCCUGGCUGGUGACUGAAGAAGAAUACACUCCUCCCACUGGAGCCAAAGUGAAUGAUGUGGUCCCAUGGGUGUUGGACAUGAUUUUAAAUAAACAUAUCAUCAGCCCCAACCCACAUGUGAGGCAAGCAGCCUGCAUCUGGCUACUUUCUCUUGUGAGAAAGCUGAGUUCCCAUAAAGAAGUGAAGUCUCAUCUCAAAGAGAUUCAGAGUGCAUUUGUUUCCGUUCUGUCAGAAAAUGAUGAACUGAGCCAAGAUGUUGCUUCAAAAGGCCUUGGGUUGGUUUAUGAACUGGGCAGUGAACAAGAUCAGCAGGAGUUAGUUUCUACACUUGUAGAAACACUUAUGACUGGCAAAAGAGCUAAACAUGAUGUUUCUGGAGAGACAGUGGUAUUUCAAGGGGGAACGCUUGGUAAAACACCAGAUGGCCAGGGCAUUUCUACGUACAAGGAGCUUUGUUCUCUGGCAAGUGAUCUCAGUCAGCCAGAUCUGGUGUACAAAUUUAUGAAUUUAGCCAAUCAUCAUGCAAUGUGGAACUCUAGGAAGGGUGCUGCUUUUGGUUUUAAUGUCAUUGCUACCAGAGCUGGAGAGCAGCUGGCUCCCUUUCUGCCUCAACUAGUUCCUCGCCUUUAUCGUUACCAGUUUGAUCCCAACCUUGGUAUUCGACAGGCCAUGACAAGCAUUUGGAAUGCGCUAGUCACUGACAAGUCAACGGUGGAUAAAUACUUGAAGGAAAUUCUUCAAGAUUUGAUUAAGAAUCUUACCAGCAAUAUGUGGCGGGUUCGAGAAUCCAGUUGUUUGGCUUUGAAUGAUUUAUUGAGGGGAAGACCCCCAGAUGACAUCAUUGAUAAACUUCCAGAAAUCUGGGAAACGCUUUUUAGAGUACAAGAUGAUAUCAAGGAAUCUGUACGAAAAGCAGCAGAACUGGCUCUGAAAACCUUGAGCAAGGUUUGUGUGAAAAUGUGUGACCCUGCCAAAGGAGCAGCUGGCCAGAGAACUGUCGCUGUCCUUCUGCCUUGCCUCCUGGACAAAGGAAUGAUGAGCCCUGUGACCGAAGUUCGAGCCCUCAGCAUUAACACCCUUGUGAAGAUCAGCAAAAGUGCAGGAGCCAUGUUGAAACCUCACGCAUCAAAACUCAUCCCAGCUCUGUUGGAAGCCCUGAGUGUACUGGAGCCCCAAGUUCUCAAUUACUUAAGUCUUCGGGCUACAGACCAAGAGAAGGCUGCAAUGGAUAGUGCUCGGCUCAGUGCUGCCAAGUCUUCUCCCAUGAUGGAAACCAUCAACAUGGGAGGCUGUGCCAGUGUCAUUGUGUCACUAACUACUCAGUGUCCCCAGGACCUAACACCUUACUCAGGUAAACUUAUGAGUGCGUUGCUUAGUGGCCUGACAGAUCGGAACAGUGUCAUUCAGAAAUCUUGUGCAUUUGCCAUGGGCCAUCUAGUUCGGACCUCACGGGAUAGCAGCACUGAAAAACUUCUGCAGAAACUCAGUGGCUGGUAUAUGGAGAAAGAAGAACCCGUCUAUAAGACCUCUUGUGCUCUGACUAUUCAUGCUAUUGGAAGGUAUGGCCCUGAUGUGUUGAAGAACCAUGCAAAAGAAGUUCUGCCUUUGGCAUUUCUAGGCAUGCAUGAAAUUGCUGCUGAUGAAAAAUCAGAACAAGAAGAAUGUAACUUAUGGACUGAAGUAUGGCAAGAAAAUGUACCAGGUUCAUUUGGUGGCAUUCGGCUAUACCUGCAAGAGUUGAUUACAAUUACCCAGAAGGCUUUACAGUCCCAGUCCUGGAAAAUGAAAGCCCAGGGUGCAGUUGCCAUGGCAUCGAUUGCAAAACAAACAACCUCUCUAGUCCCCCCGUAUCUGGGAAUGAUACUAAGCGCAUUACUGCAAGGCCUGGCUGGAAGAACAUGGGCAGGAAAGGAGGAACUGUUGAAAGCCAUUGGCUGUGUGGUGACAGCUUGCAGUGCAGAGCUGGAAAAGUCUGUGCCCAAUCAGCCCACCACAAAUGAGAUUCUCCAAGCUGUGUUGAAGGAGUGUUGUAAAGAGAAUAUAAAAUACAAGAUUGUGGCAAUCCGUUGUGCAGCUGACAUCCUGAAAGCCACCAAGGAGGACAGAUUCCAGGAGUUCUCUGAAAUUGUUAUACCCAUCAUCAAGAAGAACUCACCUGAGAGCCCUGGAUUCCGGACGAUCACAAAUGACGAUGAGAAUGAGAAGGAAAAGGAACUGCAGCUGGAGUCACUGCUGGGUGCCUUUGAGAGCCUGGGCAAAGCUUGGCCCCGGAACCCCGAGACCCAGCGUUGCUAUCGUGAGGAGCUGUGCAAACUGAUGUGUGAGCGGCUGAAACUCAGCACAUGGAAAGUGCAGCUAGGAGUCCUACAGUCAAUGAAUGCCUUUUUUCAGGGAUUAAUGCUUUUGGAAGAAGAACAUGCCGAUGCUGAGGCUUUGACUGAGAUUCUCCUUGAGACUUGUAAAUCAAUCACAUAUUCUUUAGAGAAUAAGGCCUACUCAUCUGUGAGAACAGAAGCUUUAGCUGUGAUAGAAUUACUGCUCAAAAAACUUGAAGCAUCAAACCAGUGGGAAAGUUUGACCCCUGAAUGCCGAGUGCUGCUGAUGGAGUCACUAGCCACCAUGGAGACAGACAGCAGGCCUGAGCUGCAGGAGAAAGCGUCAUUACUGAGGAAAACACUUGAGAAUCUGGAAUGAGUUAGCAGGGGAGAGAUAAACAAGUGCCAUGUUAUUGGGGUUGAACUGUGACAUUCUUUGAGAAACAGUGGGGAAGAAAGAUUAAUCUGUAGCAUGCAUCAUUCCUUGGCUAAAAUAAAAAAAAAUGCCUUAAA